GCUGCCCUUCGGUGAAGAGAACCAUCUUCUCUCACACCCCUGCAGCUCAGCGUACGACACUUCGAGGGUAAACUGAGGCCAGAGGCUCCCAGGAGCGGGUCCAGAGCAGCCUCCUAUUGCAGCCAUGAGUCAGAAGAAGAGGACUGUGUGGAUGAGGACCUAACGCACCUGCCUGCCGACCGUCCCAGCCUGUAGUAGCCAUGGCUCUCAUCAAGAGGGGUCACCAUGGCCUGGGCUUCCUUUGCUGCUUUGGAGGCAGUGACCUCCACGAGAUCGACCUCCGGAACAGCCAUCCAUUGCAGUAUCUUGAGUUUUCCGGUCCCAUCCUGAACCCAGAGGAGCUCAAUGUCCGCUUUGCAGAGCUGGUGGAUGAAUUGGACCUCACAGACAAAAACCGAGAGGCUGUGUUCGCACUGCCACCCGAGAAGAAAUGGCAGAUCUACUGCAACAAGAAAAAGGAGCAGGAGGACCCCAACAAGCUGGCAACCAGCUGGCCCGACUAUUACAUUGAGCGCAUCAACUCCAUGGCUGCGAUGCAGAACCUGUAUGAGUUUGAUGAGAAGGAGACAGCCACAAGGAACCAAGUUGUAGAAGACCUGAAGACAGCCCUCCGGACACAGCCCAUGAGGUUUGUGACCCGCUUCAUCGAGCUGGAAGGCUUGACCUGUCUGCUGAACUUCCUCCGGAGCAUGGACCACGCCACCUGUGAGAGCCGCAUCCAUACCUCUCUCAUUGGCUGCAUCAAGGCUCUGAUGAACAACUCCCAGGGGCGGGCACAUGUCCUGGCCCAGCCCGAGGCCAUCAGUACCAUUGCACAGAGCCUGCGCACAGAGAACAGCAAGACUAAGGUGGCAGUACUGGAAAUCCUGGGUGCAGUGUGCCUUGUGCCCGGAGGACACAAGAAGGUUCUCCAGGCCAUGCUGCACUACCAAGUGUAUGCAGCCGAGCGCACUCGUUUCCAGACACUGCUGAACGAGCUGGAUCGAAGUUUGGGUCGGUACCGGGACGAGGUCAACCUAAAGACAGCCAUCAUGUCCUUCAUCAAUGCCGUCCUCAACGCUGGGGCUGGAGAGGACAACCUCGAAUUCCGCCUACAUCUCCGGUAUGAGUUCCUGAUGCUGGGGAUCCAGCCUGUGAUAGAUAAACUCCGACAACACGAGAAUGCCAUCCUGGACAAGCAUUUAGACUUCUUUGAGAUGGUCCGGAAUGAGGAUGACCUGGAGCUGGCCCGGAGGUUUGACAUGGUCCACAUCGACACGAAAAGUGCCUCCCAGAUGUUUGAGCUGAUCCACAAGAAGCUGAAGCACACGGAGGCCUACCCCUGCCUACUCUCUGUCCUGCACCACUGCCUGCAGAUGCCCUACAAGCGGAAUGGUGGCUACUUCCAGCAGUGGCAGCUCCUGGACCGAAUCCUUCAGCAGAUCGUCCUCCAGGAUGAGCAAGGCAUUGACCCUGACCUGGCCCCACUGGAAAACUUCAAUGUCAAGAACAUUGUCAACAUGCUCAUCAAUGAGAACGAGGUGAAGCAGUGGCGGGACCAAGCAGAGAAGUUCCGGAAGGAACACAUGGAGCUCGUGAGCCGUCUGGAGAGGAAGGAGCGAGAGUGCGAGACGAAGACGCUGGAGAAGGAAGAGAUGAUGAGGACCCUGAACAAGAUGAAGGACAAGCUGGCCCGGGAAUCCCAGGAGCUGCGCCAAGCUAGGGGACAAGUGGCAGAACUGGUAGCCCAACUCAAUGAAAUCUCAACCGGCCCGGUGUCUUCCCCACCUCCCCCUGGAGGCCCACUCCCCUUGUCUUCCUCCACAACAACCAAUGCUCUGCCUCCACCCCCACCCCCUCUCCCCUUUGCUUCCUGCCCACCCCCGCCCCCACCACCCCUCCCUCCCGGAGGGCCUCCUAUCCCCCCAGGUGCCCCACCCUGCUUCAGCUCAGGCCCACCGCUGCCUCAGGACCCCUUCCCGAGCAAUGAUGCCCCCCCACUCAGGAAAAAGCGCAUCCCCCAGCCUUCACACCCACUGAAGUCCUUCAACUGGGUCAAGCUGAAUGAGGAUCGUGUCUCUGGUACCGUGUGGAAUGAGAUUGAUGACACGCAGGUAUUUCGGAUUCUGGACCUGGAAGAUUUUGAAAAAAUGUUCUCAGCGUAUCAGAGGCACCAGGGUGGCAUGCAGGAGGGUCCCCAGAGAGAGAGAGGCAAUGUGAGAGAUCGGGGGACUGCGAGCAGACCUCUGCCAGCCGCAGAGGCGAAUGUCCGCAGAACGGAGAACACCUCUAGGUCUAUGGCGUCAUCUACCAGUCCCAAGAAAGAAUUGGGCUCCACAGAGGACAUCUACCUGACCUCCCGCAAAGUCAAAGAGCUGUCAGUCAUCGAUGGCAGGAGGGCCCAGAACUGUAUCAUUCUUCUCUCCAAGUUGAAGCUUUCGAACGAGGAGAUACGGCAGGCCAUCCUGAGGAUGGACGAACAAGAAGACCUAGCUAAAGACAUGCUGGAGCAGCUCCUCAAGUUCAUCCCUGAGAAGAGCGACAUUGACCUCCUGGAGGAGCACAAGCAUGAGAUUGAGCGGAUGGCGCGUGCAGACCGCUUCCUCUACGAAAUGAGCCGGAUUGACCACUACCAGCAGCGACUACAGGCCCUCUUCUUCAAGAAGAAGUUCCAGGAACGGCUGGCAGAGGCCAAGCCCAAAGUAGAAGCCAUCCUGCUGGCCUCCCGGGAGCUGACCCUCAGCAAGCGUCUGAAGCAGAUGCUGGAGGUGGUCCUAGCCAUCGGUAACUUCAUGAACAAGGGGCAGCGUGGGGGCGCCUAUGGGUUCCGGGUAGCCAGUCUCAACAAGAUUGCUGACACAAAGUCCAGCAUUGACAGGAACAUCUCUCUGCUUCAUUACCUGAUCAUGAUCCUGGAGAAACAUUUCCCCGACAUCCUGAACAUGCCGUCGGAGCUGCGGCACCUGUCAGAAGCCGCCAAAGUCAACUUGGCCGAGCUGGAGAAGGAGGUGGGCACUCUCAGGAGGGGCCUCCGAGCAGUGGAAGUGGAGCUGGAAUAUCAAAGACACCAGGCCCAGGACCCCAAUGACAAGUUUGUCCCUGUCAUGAGUGACUUCAUCACAGUGUCCAGCUUCAGUUUCUCAGAGCUGGAGGACCAGCUCAAUGAGGCCAGAGAUAAGUUUGCCAAGGCACUGAUGCACUUCGGGGAGCAGGAGAGUAAGAUGCAGCCAGACGAGUUCUUUGGCAUCUUCGACACCUUCCUGCAAGCCUUCUUGGAGGCCCGGCAGGACCUGGAGGCCAUGAGGAGGAGGAAGGAAGACGAUGAACGGAGGGCGCGCAUGGAAUCCAUGUUGAAGGAGCAGCGUGAGAAAGAGCGAUGGCAGAGGCAGAGGAAGGUCCUGGCGGGCGGCUCCCUGGAGGAGAGCGGCGAGUUUGAUGACCUGGUGUCGGCCUUGCGCUCUGGAGAAGUUUUUGACAAGGACUUAAGCAAGUUCAAGCGCAACCGCAAGCGAUCGGGGACUCAGGUCCCGGAGGUCACCCGUGAGCGGGCGAUAAACAGGCUAAAUUAUUGACUUGGGGUCUGGGGACUGGCCACACAGCAGCUGGCCUGGAGACAGGGGUUAGGGGAGAGUUGAAUAGAAGCAGCAGUGACUUCAGUUAUUGGGAGAGCUGGGUUUGGGAGCCCUGGGCUGGGUCCUGGGGGCUGUGUGUGGCUGGACCAGGUGUCUCCCACACUGACAGAGGGUUUUUCUCUCAUCUCCCCUUUAUUCAUCCUCACCCUGUCUCUCUCUGUGGCCCUGUCUCCUGGCCAUCGCUCUCUAAGACUAGCUUGGACAUCCCUGGUAGGCCCUGGGCUUUGGUUAGGAAAUCCCAGGCUGGAGGAUACAGUUCUCCACACCUCAUGUUGGCACAGAGCUAUUUUAAAAUCCAGGAGACACAUUCCUUCUCCGACCUCUUAUACAGUAUGUGGAGUGGGACCCGAGAGCCAACAGUAGGGACUGUAGGCUCUUAUCUGAAGAGACAGCUCAAUGGAACACGGAUCUAGAGGCCUUGCGUGUUGUAGUGAGAUAAGCUCUAGCAAGUUCCAGAAGAACACGUAUAGAAAGGGACCAGGAGCCAGCAAGUGAGUUAUAUGUCCUUUGCCUAGAGCAAGUCCUGGGGCCUCUCUUUUCUUCCGCCACCUCUAUCCUGUCUACAAGUUUCCAGUCCCCAAAUUCAUCUCUGGAUUCCAGAACUCUGGAUCACCACCAGCUUAUGGUAUGGCUCUGGUAAGGGGGUAUCCAAGAAAGACCUCCUUCAUUGCCUCACCAGGCUCAGGCAUAGGGGCCCCAAAGCCAACCCCGGUGCAACCCAAACAUCGUCCUGGAGAGACAGUGACCUGGGCUCCCAGUAGUUCUGCACCAAGGACUACACCCAAAUGCUUCCCUCCCCUAGGAGAGCCCCCUCUACCAUUUCUCCCAGCUACCAUUUCUCCCAUGGCUCCCUCUGGGGUUGCACGGAGCUCCACAUACUUGGCUGCAGCUGACCUUGGGGGAUUGUUCCUGAGGGUUUGAGCAGGCAGGAAAUGCCGAGGUGACGAUGAAGGAGGGAGAGCUUGUGUAGGCUUCUCCCUUCAGGGUUUGCCUGCAUCUGUAGAUGCUCUAUCUGGUUCCUUGGCAUGACUUGCAUGGGACCAUUCUGGUCCUCCUGUUCUGUCCAUCUGCAAUUGUUUUUCACGGUAUGGGUGGACAACACUACUAUAUCUAAGCAAAUGCUCUAAAUGGAGCAGGGUAAGGUCAACUCCAUGAAGGUUCUUACUGUCUAAUGCACGCCUAUUCUCUCCCAUCUUGAGACCAAUCAUGCCUGAUUACCACUCACCAGCUCCUGACUUCUCCUCUAGCCCCAGCUCAGGUCAUCGCCAGUGGCUGUGGGUGCUCAGUCCUGUCACUGCCUGUCUUGUUUUCCUACACGGGAUUCCCAGCGGGUGGGACCAUAGCAGUUGUGGGGAGGAGAAACAGGGUUAAGCUGGGCAUGUGCACUGCUUUGAGAGGGGUCUCAGCAAGCAGAAGCCUGACCAGUACAGGCGUGGAGAAGCCGGCCUUUGAGGGCAAAGGCUUCCAAGAAGAGUGGUCACCGCUCACCGCACCACCGGCUAAGAAGAGUGGUCACCGCCCACCGCCCCUGCCCCACCCGCUACCGAGAAUGGUAGCUGGACAUCUUCCCACUUCUUCCAAACUAGCCAGGCUGUCAGCCUAACAAGCUAGGGGCAGGGAACGGACACGUCCGUGUCUGGCCUUCCCAAACACUAUGAAGACUGGGCAUGCACCAGGAAAGACAAGGAAGAUGGAAAUUCUUGAAGAAACACAUUGGAUCCUCAGAAAAGCCAUUUGGCAUCUCUCCAGAGCCCAGCCUUCUCACCCCAAAGAAUUUUGCCUUCUCUAUUUAUUAUUUUCCAAAUCUGGCCAGUGGCUCUGGUGCUGUAUGUCUUUGUAACCAGAUUUCAACAGUGCCUUGGACCACACGGACCAUUGUGACUCAGCAGGAAGUGACUGGUACCCAGUGGAGGCGGACAGGCCAGUCCUCAACGUUAAACGAAGCCAACCCCAGUACAGUCCCACCCAUCCCGCCUAUGGGUCAACUGUUCCAGUUAACUUUGUGCACAAUGUAAGAUUUAGUCCAGUCAACACACCCCUGCUCAGCAGCAGCAAUCCCCUUCUCAAGAUGGAAGCUGUCCACGGAGUGGAAGGGCAAAACUCUUCAGGUAGGCGGAGAUAGGUAUGGGCUCUUCCCAUCCAUUCCUACUGCUACCAACUGGAAGCAGUGACAUCUCCACAGAACAUCUGCCAACCUUCAUGCCAAGGCCACUCUUACCAGCUGCUACAGAAGACAAGUAAGGUUCAUAUGUACAGAACUCUACAGUGUCCUUUUUACCUGCACCCUUUUAUAAGAAUAUAUUGUAAUACUAAAAAAUAUUAAAUUCAUCCCCACUCCCA